GGCAACCCCGAGAAUCGUAGUCAGCCGGAGCCAAAGUCAACAACCAAGCGCGAGAGAGAGAGCGAGAGAGAGCGAGCACAAGCGAGAUAGACAGCAGCUAGAAAAAUCGACUGCCAGCGAUCGUUUGAGGCGUGUGAAUAUAAAUCGACCCUAUAAAAUCGUAGAUUCAUAAAAUGAAUGAAAUCGAAGCACUCCGACAGGAGGCGGAAACGCUCAAGAAUGCCAUCCGAGACGCGCGUAAGGUGGUCUGCGAUACGUCCAUCCUGCAGGCCACGGCACAGCUGGAGGCGGUUGGCCGAAUUCAGCUCCGCACGAGACGCACCCUGCGCGGUCACCUGGCCAAGAUCUACGCCAUGCACUGGGGGAAUGAUUCGCGGUAUCUAGUAUCGGCCUCGCAGGACGGCAAGCUGAUCGUGUGGGACUCGCACACCACCAACAAGGUGCACGCGAUCCCGCUCCGUUCGUCCUGGGUGAUGACGUGCGCGUACGCACCGUCCGGCAACUAUGUGGCCUGCGGUGGUCUGGACAACAUCUGCUCGAUCUACAACCUCAAGACGCGCGAGGGCAACGUGCGUAUCGCUCGCGAAUUGGGUGGCCAUACGGGUUACUUGUCGUGCUGCCGGUUCCUGGAUGACAACCAGAUCGUGACCAGCUCGGGUGAUAUGUCCUGCGCCCUGUGGGACAUCGAAACUGGCCAGCAAACGACCUCUUUCCAGGGACACACGGGUGACGUGAUGGCGCUGUCGUUGGCACCGCAGGGCAAAACAUUCGUGUCUGGUGCGUGCGAUGCCAAGGCCAAGCUGUGGGACAUCCGCGAGGGCCAGUGCAAGCAAACAUUCCCGGGACACGAGAGUGACAUCAAUGCGGUGGCGUUUUUCCCCAACGGAUUCGCUUUUGCGACGGGUUCAGAUGAUGCCACUUGCCGGUUGUUCGACAUCCGGGCUGACCAGGAGCUGGCGAUGUACUCGCACGAUAACAUCAUUUGCGGAAUUACGUCCGUGGCGUUCUCGAAAUCGGGUCGCCUGUUGCUGGCAGGAUACGACGACUUCAACUGCAACGUUUGGGACACGAUGAAGGCGGAACGGGCAGGUAUCUUGGCCGGGCACGACAACCGGGUGUCGUGUUUAGGCGUGACAGAGAACGGCAUGGCAGUUGCGACCGGCUCCUGGGACUCGUUCCUGCGCGUGUGGAACUAACAAGACCCCGGUAGGCAGUGCGCGCAUGGAUUCAACCACACGAGGUAGCAGUGCGCGUAGAAACGGAAGUGAAAGGUUUUUCAGCAUCGUCGUCGCUGCGGCGGAACCGUUUGUUGAUUUUUUUUAGUUUUUAUUAUAUUUUACUUUUUGUUUGUCCCAACCAUUCGCUCUCCGUACGCUCAACGAAAUUUACCUUUAUCGCUCUUUCGCAAACAACACCCGAACCACUCUGUACGCGCUGUGGUCGAAUGAGCAGCCUGUGUUCUUUUCUUUUUUGUUUUCAUUGCUUAUCAACAUAAUCGGCGGGUGGGUCGUGCUAACGAUCACAAUCAAA